GACAAAAUUAUUAUAUGAUAAUACCUUGAACAUUUUAAUAAAGUGAUUUUUUCAACAUAAUGAUCACUUUCGCUAAUGAUAACACUUUAUUUGGAGCUUUUAAUAUUUGAGUAAUUUGUUCGCAGGUCGUCCAUCUUGCGUAUCUGUCAAAUUUGCCGCCAUGUCAGUGUCACGCGUUUCGUUGCUCGUCGCCAUCGCAAUUCUGUACAUGGAAUGCUGUUAUUCAGCCUCAAUCCCUCGAGGCUUCGACCCCAGACUGUCAGAUGAUCUAGUCAGGAUGCCCACGAAGAGACCAUUCUGCAACGCUUUCACCGGAUGUGGCCGCAAGAGGUCGAUGGCGGCGCCCGGGAUGCCUUCACAAGAACUCCUUAGGCAGAAGCAGUACGACGAUGAGGCUUUCGGUUCAAUCAUGGACUCGGAAACAGCGAUCGAGGAACUUUCCCGCCAAAUUUUAUCUGAGGCCAAGCUGUGGGAGGCCAUUCAAGAGGCAAGCGCUGAAAUUGCCCGGCGAAAACAAAAGGAACUGCCAUAUUAAUAUAACCAACGAUUAUCCGACACCGUAGCGUUUCAGACGACCUAAAACAGUUUGUAAAAAUUAUUGUAAAUUUGGAAAAUCGACUACGGAUACUUAUGUUUUAGUUUACUAUUUACGUAACAGAUAACCUAGAUUUCUUAUUGUAUAAAUUCCAUUUUGUUUUGUACUUAACCUCAAAAUUAAAAUUGUUGACUAUCUAAUUUAGUUGAAAUAAAUUGUAUGCUCAAGAAAUGUUGAAACGUAAUUGUUAAAACUGUUCUUUUUCACAGAAGAAAUAAAGAUUUUUUUUGUACAAACAUGUAUGCUAUGUUCAAUUUAAAGAAAUAACAUUUCCGUGGUCGAAACUUUAAUAAUCUGUGCUGUUAAUUUGCCGCCAAAACAUAAUUUAGUCUUUUUUAAUAUUUAUAUAGAUUGCAACAAUUAAUUUUAUCUCUGAUUAUUAUCAAAUAAUUAAAAUUAUAAUGUUUUUAUAGCCAUAACUUUCCAUUCUUUUUCCUGACAUUUGGCGGUAAUUUAAUUUACGAAAAUGUAAUUGUUAUUUGUUUAGUUAUUUUCAUUUUAAGUAUUUAGGAGGUGACUUAGUAAUAAAUAUUAGUAAGUGUUAGAUUUUUGAAUGCUAAUAAAUUAGUGAGGGAUAUUAAAAUGUCCGUUUCGAAAAAA